AUGAAGACGACUUGGAAGGAUAUUGCGCCGGUGCCCACCAACCAGGAAUUCCUGGACAUCGUCCUCAGCCGUACCCAGCGCCAGCUUCCCACGCAAAUCCGUGCUGGUUUCAAGAUCAGUCGUAUCAGAGGUUUCUACACCCGUAAGGUCAAGUAUACCCAGGAGACCUUCUGUGAGAAGUUCCAGGCCAUUCUUGAUGGAUUCCCUCGCCUGCAGGAUAUUCAUCCUUUCCACAAGGAUCUGAUGAACACCCUCUACGAUGCCGACCACUUCCGCAUUGCCCUCGGUCAAGUUUCGACUGCCAAGCACCUGAUCGAAACCGUUUCCCGCGAUUACGUUCGUCUUAUCAAGUAUGCGCAAUCGCUCUUCCAGUGCAAGCAGCUGAAGCGCGCUGCGCUCGGUCGCAUGGCCACUAUAUGCCGUCGCCUCAAGGAUCCUCUCGUGUACCUGGAGCAGGUCCGCCAGCACUUGGGUCGUCUGCCCGCAAUUGACCCGAACACUCGUACCCUGCUGAUCUGUGGUUACCCCAACGUCGGCAAGUCGAGUUUCCUGCGCAGCAUCACCCGCGCCGAUGUCGAUGUUCAGCCCUACGCUUUCACCACCAAGUCUCUGUUCGUCGGUCACUUCGACUACAAGUACCUGCGCUUCCAGGCUAUUGAUACCCCUGGUAUUCUCGACCACCCUCUUGAGGAGAUGAACACCAUUGAAAUGCAGUCCAUCACCGCUGUUGCUCACUUGCGCUCUGCCAUUCUGUACUUCAUGGAUCUUUCCGAGCAGUGCGGUUACUCCGUCGCCGAUCAGAUCAAGCUCUUCCACAGCAUCAAGCCUUUGUUCGCCAACAAGGUUGUGUACAUCGUUAUCAACAAGAUCGAUGUUCGCCGCCCUGAAGAUCUGGACCCGGAGGAGCAACAGGAACUGCAGGAAAUUCUCAAGUCGGGUGAUGUCGAGCUUCUGCAGGCUUCCUGCACCACCACCGAGGGUGUGACUGCUGUGAAGAAUGCUGCUUGCGACAAGCUGCUCGCCGAGCGAGUGGCCCAGAAGCUCAAGUCUGGAACUAACACGUCUGCCGGUACCCCCGGUGGCCGUCUCGGAGAUGUGCUGGCCCGUAUCCACGUUGCCCAGCCAAUGGGUGGUGCGACCCGGGAGACGUUCAUCCCGGAGGCCGUCAAGAACCUCAAGAAGUACGACAAGAACGACCCCAACCGCCGGAAGUUGGAGCGCGAUCUGGAGGAGGAGCAAGGUGGUGCUGGUGUUUACAGCUUCGAUAUGCAGCGCGACUACACCUUGGCGAAUGACGAGUGGAAGCACGACAAGAUCCCCGAGGUGUGGAACGGAAAGAAUAUCUACGACUUUGUGGAUCCCGAUAUCGAGAAGAAGCUGGCUGCUCUGGAGGAGGAGGAAGAGAAGCUGGAGGCCGACGGAUACUACGAGUCGGACGAGAGCGUCGAAGACGCCGAAGAUGCCGAUACUCGCAUGAAGGCCGAUCUGAUCCGCGAGAAGCGUGUGCUCAUGCGCAACGAGGCCAAGAUGCGCAAGUCGCUCAAGAACCGCGCCGCCAUCCCUCGCAGUGCCAAGGCCAAGAAGCUCUCUCAGCUGGAGCGUGCCCUGGACUCCGCCGGUUACGACAUCGAUGCUGCUGGCGACCGUGCCCGUUCCCAGAGCCAGGUCCGUGGCCGGACUACGACUCGCAGUGAGGUUGGCGACGAUGACGCUAUGGACAUUGAUGAUCCCCACAAGGCUAUCGCCCGUGCUAAGAGCCGUGCUCGCAGCCAGGCCGCUACUGACCGUCGUAAUGACGGUGUUGUGGACGAGCCUUCUCGCACCAAGGCUGAGCGCCUGCACAAGCUAGGCCAGAAGCAGAUGAACCGCAUGGCUCGUGCUGGUGAGGCCGAUCGUCACACCACCGCCUCUCUGCCUAAGCACUUGUUCGCCGGAAAGCGCGGUAUCGGUAAGAACCAGCGCCGUUAA